CGGAAAUGUUCUUCAUCAACGAUCACGCCGGAGCGCAUCCUUAAUUACCUCAUAUCUAAAUUUGAAGUUCGUUAAGAACUUCAAGCGCUGAGAUGGCCCCCAAGUCUAAGAAGGGUUCCGACAAUGUCAACUCCAAGCUCGCCUUGGUGAUGAAGUCUGGUAAAGUCACCCUGGGUGCUACUUCUUGCAUGAAGACUCUGCGCUCUGGUAAGGCCAAGCUGGUCAUUAUCGCUGCCAACGCUCCUCCUCUGCGCAAGAGUGAGCUCGAGUACUACGCUAUGCUGGCUAAGACCCCUGUCCACCACUUUUCGGGUAACAACAUUGAGCUCGGUACCGCUUGCGGUAAGCUCUUCCGUUGCUCGACAAUGGCUAUUCUCGACGCUGGUGACUCGGACAUCCUUACUGGCACCCAGUAAAUGGAUUGACUUGGGGCAAUUGGUGACGGUAGAUUUUGGUUUGGGAUUUUGUGCUGUGACCACUUAACUGGAGGAUCCACAGCGCAUAUGAAGUAUAAAUAUCAACUUAUGAUCCAUAGCAGAAAGAACCAACCAGACAUCUACAAGGGGAAGAGUCAGCGGAGAUGAUCCGUUUGAUAUUGACGAUGAUGGG